AUGCCCCCAAAAGCCGAUUGGGAUAAAUAUGUAGCGCCAAAUGAAGAUGACGAAUCUCAGGAUAAAAUUCAGCCUUUGAGUGAAGGAGAUAUUCAGGUGUUGAAAACAUACGGUGCAGCGCCAUAUGCAUCGUCAUUGAAGGAAAUCGAAAAGGAUUUGAAGACUAUCGAAGAAAGAAUAAAAGAAAACAUUGGUAUUAAAGAAAGUGAUACUGGAUUGGCCGCUCCACAUUUGUGGGAUGUUAUGGGAGAUAAGCAAAGGAUGUCGGAAGAACAGCCUUUGCAAGUUGCAAGAUGUACCAAGAUAAUUGAAGCCACCAAUCCUAAUCCGCAAGCGGGAUUGCUUCAAAAUGCGGAUAAUAAGUCUAAAUAUGUUAUUAAUAUAAAGCAGAUUGCCAAAUUUGUGGUUGGAUUGGGUGAAAGGGUUUCUCCUACGGAUAUAGAAGAAGGUAUGAGAGUUGGUGUGGAUAGACAGAAGUACGAGAUUCAGUUGCCAUUGCCGCCAAGAAUCGAUCCAUCGGUGACCAUGAUGACUGUGGAAGAGAAGCCAGAUGUGACAUACAGCGAUGUAGGAGGGUGCAAAGAUCAAAUUGAAAAAUUAAGGGAAGUUGUUGAGUUGCCAUUAUUGUCACCCGAAAGAUUUGUCAAAUUAGGAAUUGAUCCACCAAAAGGUAUAUUGUUAUAUGGUCCUCCGGGAACAGGUAAGACCUUGUGUGCUAGGGCAGUAGCCAACAGAACCGAUGCCACGUUUAUUAGAGUUAUAGGAUCUGAAUUAGUUCAAAAAUAUGUUGGUGAGGGUGCUAGAAUGGUCAGAGAAUUAUUUGAGAUGGCACGUACUAAAAAAGCAUGUAUCGUAUUCUUUGAUGAAAUUGAUGCCAUUGGAGGUGCCAGAUUCGAUGACGGAGCUGGUGGUGAUAACGAAGUUCAAAGAACCAUGUUGGAAUUGAUCACACAAUUGGAUGGUUUCGAUCCAAGAGGUAACAUUAAAGUUAUGUUUGCCACAAAUAGACCUAAUACGUUGGAUCCUGCAUUAUUAAGACCAGGUAGAAUUGAUCGUAAGGUUGAAUUCUCCUUGCCUGAUUUGGAAGGUCGUGCCAAUAUUUUCAGAAUUCAUUCGAAGACUAUGAGUUGUGAGAAAGAUAUAAGAUGGGAAUUAAUUUCUAGAUUGUGUCCAAAUGCAACCGGUGCAGAAUUAAGGUCUGUUUGUACGGAAGCAGGUAUGUUCGCUAUCAGAGCUAGAAGAAAGGUUGCUAAUGAGAAGGACUUCUUAAAAUCUGUUGAGAAGGUUAUCAAGGGUAAUAUGAAGUUCAGUUCGACCAGUCAAUAUAUGCAAUAUAACUAG